AUGAAUACAAGCCUGAGUUGGUCUGAGCAGCUCGAUGCACUUCUAAAUGCAACUGAUGGAAAUAUGGCCCGGAUUAAGCAGAGGCUGUGUCCCCUUGAAGUGUCCACUACAAGGAACCUGGCUGGAUCCUGUAUUUCCUCUCAUCGUUUUCCUUCCCAGUCAGAAACCCAACAGCAUUGGGUUCUAAAGACUCCCAUUGUCCCAAACAGACUAAGGUACGGUCGUUCCUCUCUCUGGGAUGAAGUUACUAUUCUCCGAUCUCAGAUUCAAUCUCAGGCUCAGGUGACUGAGGCUCUAAGGCGGGCUGUGCAGGGCCUCCUGGAAGAACGAGAGCAGCAGAUGUACAAGAUCAAUGUCCUGGAAGCAUCACUAAGGUUGCUGCAGGGCUCCCAGAAGGGCGAACUUCUCCUGGAGCAACACCUAGAGGGGCUGAGAAGGGAACUGCAGGGCCUUCAGAGCCAGGUGCAGGAGCUAGCCCAAGCUCAAAUGAAAACAAGAGCAGGAAAGUGCAGUUCUACCAGUGGUCUUCAUCAGGAGCUGCAGACUGAGCGGCAACUUUUAUGGAAAGAGUCAGAGAUUCUGCGGGAGGAACUGAAGUUGCUGCGGGACCAGCUGAGCCAACACCAAGAGCUGCUGCUGAAACAGGUGGAAGAGGGGCGCCAGGUUCAAGCCCGCAGCUGGAAGAUCUCCAGGACAGCACCCUUUCUAACCUGGAGCUCAUCAGCAUUUGGCUCCAUGCCCAGAGUCUUGAGAAAGAGGAACUCUUCUUGAGGACCCCAAGAUGCUCCUGAUUGACCUGUAAGGAUUUGUAAGCAUAGUGAAAUGAAGCCUUCUUUCCUACCCUUUCCUCCAAGGCUUAUUUCUGGGCAGCUUCCCC